UUCUCUUUGCUAUGUCCCUCUUGAGCCAUCGCCGUCUUGUUCUUCGGCGGUAGCACGGGAGUUCUCUCCGCACCAACGGGAGAUCGUCGUUCUUCCGAGUUGCAGCUUUAGAGGAGGUCGCUUCGCCGAUUCUCAUUGGAAGCCUUGGAGUUGUUGAGAAUUUACCAUGCAAUCCAGCGAAACCUCUUCCAUGGAAGUCGAGAAGCUCCCACCCAAACCAAAGUUCGAACCAUUGAAGGCUCAUGAGAUAUCAGAUGGACGAGUUCAAUUUCGAAAGGUUUCUGUUCCCCCACAUCGGUUCACACCGCUCAAGAAGGCAUGGAUGGAAAUCUACACUCCAAUCUAUGAGCAGAUGAAAAUUGACAUCCGCAUGAAUCUCAAGGCUCGAAAGGUUGAGUUGAAGACAAGAUCAGACACGCCCGAUAUAAGCAACCUACAGAAAUGUGCCGAUUUCGUUCAUGCCUUCAUGCUCGGUUUUGAAGUCAAUGAUGCGCUUGCGUUACUGCGUGUGGACGAGCUCUAUGUCGAUUCUUUUGAGAUCAAGGAUGUCAAGACACUGCGUGGCGAACACUUGUCUCGUGCAAUCGGUAGGUUAUCUGGUAAAGGGGGUAAGACGAAGUUCACAAUCGAGAAUGCUACAACCACACGGAUCGUGAUUGCUGAUACUAAGAUUCACAUACUGGGAUCUUUCUCCAAUAUAAAGGUUGCCAGGGAUUCUCUUUGUAGUCUUAUUUUAGGGUCUCCAGCAGGUAAGGUCUAUUCAAAACUUAGGGCAGUUUCUGCUCGACUGGCAGAGAGGUUUUGAUGCUUCAAUUAUAAAUUUUGUUCUCAUUUUUGGCUUCUGUAAUAUUAUUAUAUGAAAAUUAUUUGAGGUUUUUUCUCAAUUCAAAAUUUUGUUCUCGUUUGCUCGAUUCCGCACAUUAGGUUUGAUGAUUUAGACUUGAUUUGUUAGUAGUAAAACAUGGGGCGAUGACGAUAGUUUCAGUGAAAGGUCUCGUUCGUCGUAAGGGCGAAUUCGCCUUGCCGACCAUCCUGAUAUUCUGAGCCCCUCCUCUGAAAGAAAAUAUAUUUUCCCCCUAUUUUCUUGUCUAUCUGUUCAUACUUGUUUAAGUUUUUUCAUGAAAAUCGGUCGGCCGAUGAUUAAAAGAUAAUUGAAAGACAAGCAUAUGUCUGAAACAAUGGGUGUUGACAGAAGUAAUCUUUGUCUAUGAGGCCACGGUUCCAUCUCUUGUUUUCUGAGGUUUUUGUUUGAUUAUUGAAGUCUACGAAAGUAUGAAUCGUUGUUGUUUGUAUUAAGUCCUAGCUGGAAGGUUCGAUGAUUAUAAGUGUAAUUUCUGAAAUUACAUAUUAGCGAGUACAACAAUUACGUAACUACAGCCUUCCUUCACAAACUGAUGGUUUCUUAGUUGGAUUUCUGAUUCGUCGUAGCAGAGGACUGAGAAUGGAGACAAACGAUAGAGAGAGUUGUGUGAUGAUGUCAAAGUGCAUAGUUCAGAUGAUAAAACAUUGAUUAAUAUUUGAAAAGUCUUUCACUCCUACCCGAUGACUCUCUCUCUCUCUCACUCUGUCGAUAAAACCCAUUACUGCUGCUAAGCCUUCUAAGUUCUAACCAGUUGCCAGUCUGUAGAGAAAAGAAUGAAAUUUGUCAAUCUCUCUUUCCCUUUACCUCUAGAAUGUAAGACUAUUAUUCCAUAUCUAGACGGACUGUAGCAUUAACUAAGUUCUAACCAGUUGGUACUUGAUUCUACUGAACAAGAGAGAUACGUUUUUUGGUUGUUGAAUUUGAGGGGUUGUUUGGAACCGGUGCUCUUUCUUCAAUGCCACGGUACCGUAAAUGUAUGUCUGAUUUUUUGUUUGUAAA